CUAAAUAUAGUGCAGCAAGCAGGGAGUACAGAUUGUACCGGCGCCACUUUGCCCGACAUUCAGUUGUCCAUCAUAUUUUCAUCUACCUAACAUACGGGCACCCAUGGCUCAUCAACAUGGUCAAAAAGGGGAAGGAAAAGGCCACGGCUCCUCCGCCGCAGCCAGCAGCGAGUUCUUCCAAAAAGCCAGCAAAGCCGAGUAAGAAGCCCCCCCAGGAAGAUGACUUCAUAGUCUUCACCAACUCAACCAAGGACACCAAGCCCAAGAGAGGUGGCCAGGGUUCGUCCAAGGGGAAAGCGGUCGAUGAUGAGCAGAUGCCCACGGGUCCGCCGAAGCCGACCGUGAAGCAGAUCAUUGGAGGUUCGAGCUGGACUGGAAAAUUACCUGUCAAUCUCCUGUCGGAACACUGUCAAAGACAGAAGUGGGACAAGCCAGAUUACCAGCCUAUUAAAGGUUCGCAAGGUUUUUCCUACUUUGUCCAGCUCAGUGCCAAAAACCCCAAGACUCAGGAGGUGAUCAAGGUUCCACCAUUCAAGAUCCACCCAGAUCACAAACACUUGGUGACGAGGGAGACGGCAUUAGAGGCCAGACAUGCUGCCGCCACAUAUGCACUGUUCCGUGUUUGUAGCAUGAAGAACAUUCAUACUACCCUACCGCCAGAUUAUAGGUCAUUAUGGAAGCAGUUUGAGGCUUUCAAAGCAGACGACGUCAAGAAAGGAAACGCAUGGAUGUACGAUGCUGAUCCAUUUGCGACCUUGAAGCAACGCGAAGAUGAGAAAGCCGCUGCCGAGAAGAAGAGGAAGGAGAGGGAAGCCAUUGAGGCCAAGGCCAAGAAUAUGCCCGGUGCCGCCGGGCUAGUUCUGCGCAGCAAUGCGGCUUCUACAUCCAGUUCUAGCAAGGGCUCGAACCCCAUGAAAGGUUGGACCACUGUCCCCAAAAUUGAGAUGGGCCGAAAAACACGAUCUCAACUUGAGGAUCUUGUUCGGAGAGAAGUCAUAUGGAACCCACAUGAAGUCAAGAUGCCGCCAUCCCAAAAGGCGGCUAUAGUGAGAGAACUUUCUGGUUCCGGCUUUCGUCCUGCUCACGUAGAAGAAGCUGUUGAUGAAUGCAAGGACCGCGAAGAGACCCUUGAGUGGCUGUUGGUCCACGUUCCCGAGGACGACCUGCCUAGAUGGGCUUUACCGGAGAGCUACGCGGCUGGUAUCUCGGUUGCUGCGAUUUCAGAUCUGAAACGAGAGGCUGCAAUCAAGCGCUUAUCGCAAUCCGGAUAUUCUGCGGAACUGUGCAAGAAGCUUUAUGAACAGUAUAAUCAGGAUGAGGGGCGAGCAGCUGAGGCAUUACAAGAUUCUCUAAUAUCUAGUGGUAGUGAUUCUACACUACCCAAAGCGGCUGCCGAGGAGCCACUCAUCUUUGGCACCCCUGAAGAAUGUUGGGCUGAUGAGAUGGAAAGCUUGAGCUCCGUUUAUGGGGACCACUUCAAGAGAAUAUCUGACGAGGUCUGUCAGAUCACCAUCGAAUCCGUCAAAAACGGGCCUAAGAAAGACAUUGAGACGUUUGCUCAGUUUCGCAGAUCCUCUCGAUACCCAUCCGAGGUUAUUGUGUCCUUGAUUUCUGAUCUUCCUUCUUACAUUAAGCUUAGCAUCGUUAAGAAAACUCUCAGUCAUCUGGCCGAAUCCUUAAGCGAAGAGCCCAUGAAGAUCUACUUCGCUGUUGACUGGAUACAGCAGCAUAUUAAUACCAUUAUUGAGAAGCCAGGUAGGCUUCGCGAUAUAUCUGGCGUGGCGUCUGCUGCCGUUGAAGUACGAAAUACUCAUUCAAUCAAACAACGCCGCUCCCGACAUCCUAAACCUCUGCCAAGAGAAGUUGAUCCUCGGAGCAGAGAGCAAUGGCUAAGACUACAAGAGCAAGCGGCGUUGAAGGAGAUGCUCCGUCAACGCCAGAAGUUGCCUGCUUGGCAAGUCAAAGAUCAAGUGGUGAACACAGUCCUGCAGUCGCAAGUCACAAUUAUCGCUGGAGAAACAGGCUCUGGCAAGUCUACUCAGUCGGUACAAUUUAUACUCGACGACUUGUAUAGCAAAGGACUUGGGAAUGCCACAAAUAUUAUAUGUACACAGCCACGUCGUAUAUCUGCCCUCGGCCUAGCAGAUAGGGUGGCUGAGGAGCGGUGUUCGCAAGUAGGAAACGAAGUGGGCUACUCGAUUCGUGGGGAGAACAAGACAGGCCCACAAACCAAAAUAACAUUCGUGACAACUGGUGUACUAUUACGGCGACUCCAAACCUCAGGUGGACGAACCCAGGAUGUUGAGGCGUCUCUGGCCGAUGUCAGUCAUAUUGUAAUCGACGAGGUUCACGAACGCAGUCUCGAUACAGACUUUCUUUUGAGUAUCAUCCGAGACGUAUUAAAACGGAGGAAAGAUCUAAAAUUAGUACUAAUGAGCGCUACACUUGAUGCUGCGACUUUCAAGAACUAUUUUACUUCCGAAGGACUGAGGGUUGGACUUGUUGAGAUUGCCGGUAGAACAUUCCCUGUAGAAGACUACUACCUCGAAGACAUCAUCCAAAUGACGAACUUCACGUUUGAUAGAUACGGCGACCGCGAUGAUCAGGAUGAAGGGCCACUCGACAAAGAAUCCCAAAAUAACGACCCAAUCAAAAAGAUUAUUCAGAAGCUGGGUUCUCGUAUCAACUAUUCAUUGCUAGUUGAGACGACGAAGGCCAUCGACGAAGACUUGCAUUUCAGCAAUAAGAAAGGUGGAAUUCUCAUUUUCUUACCCGGCGCUGGUGAGAUCAAGCGAACCGUUGACCAGUUGCGGUCCAUCUCGUCGCUUCAUGUUCUCCCCCUUCACGCAUCUUUAGAUACGCGAGAACAAAAAAGAGUUUUCCAAGCUCCCCCACCUGGGAAGCGAAAAGUAGUGGUUGCGACUAAUGUCGCUGAGACGUCCAUUACGAUUGAUGACAUUGUUGCCGUAAUCGACACAGGCAGAGUCAAAGAAACCAGCUUCGACCCCCAGAACAAUAUACGCAAACUAGAGGAGACUUGGGCAUCACGGGCUGCGUGCAAGCAACGACGCGGUCGUGCUGGACGUGUACAGGCUGGUAAGUGCUACAAGCUCUACACGACAGGCUUCGAAGAGCGUAUGGCAGAACGCCCAGAGCCUGAAAUUCGGCGUGUACCCCUCGAACAGCUCUGUUUAUCUGUUCGAGCCAUGGGCACAAAAGAUAUUGGUGGUUUCUUAAGUCGAACGCCUACACCACCAGACAUUACGGCGGUAGAAAAUGCCAUCAAGAUGCUGCAAAGAAUGGGUGCGCUUGAUGGUGAUGAACUCACAGCGCUGGGUCAGCAGCUCGCUAUGAUUCCCGCCGACCUUCGUUGUGGUAAACUGAUGGUGUAUGGCGCGAUAUUUGGCUGCCUCGAUGACAGUAUCACCAUCGCCGCAAUUCUGAGCUCGAAGAGCCCUUUUAACUCGCCAUCAGAUAAGCGUGACGCAGCUAAGGAAGCGCGUAUGCGGUUCGCCCAGGGAGACGGUGACUUACUCACAGACCUACGAGCGUACCAACAGUGGCAGACCAUGAUUAAUGAUCGAGUGCCUACACGAGAAGUGCGAAGAUUCUGCGACGACAACUUCCUCUCGUAUCAGAUAUUAUCAGACAUAUCCACCACACGAACACAAUACUACACAGCGCUCACGGAAAUUGGCAUCGUCGGGACCUCGGCGAGCCAGUCAUCCCAAGCCACCACCGUCUCAAUGCCCCUCCUUCGCGCAAUCACGGCCUCAGCUUUCACGCCUCAAAUCGCGCGCAUCCAAUUCCCGGACAAGAAAUUUGCAGCGUCUAUGUCAGGUGCCGUGGAACUAGAUCCGGAGGCCCGCACGAUCAAGUAUUUCACACAGGAGAACGGGCGCGUGUUCAUCCAUCCUAGCAGCGCGCUCUUUGGUAGCCAGGGGUUCACAGGAAAUGCGGCCUUUGUAUCGUAUUUCACUAUGAUCUCUACGAGCAAGGUCUUCAUUCGAGAGUUGACACGUAGGUGGUUUCUUUCAUCCCUCUCUGUUGGUCUCGAAUAUAUCAGGCUUUGCUGACAUGAUCUGUGAUGUCUUCUUAGCCUUCAACGCCUUCACUCUUCUUCUAUUCUCCGGCGCCAUAGAGCUUGAUAUCUUGGGUAGAGGCCUAGUGGUUGAUGGAUGGCUUCGGUGAGUCUUUUUCUGUUCACAUCGCUUCUGAUCUUGUCGUUUGCUGAUCCUAUGAUGUAUAGACUACGUGGCUGGGCACGUCUC